CCUUCACUCAUGAGCUCCAUCAACCUGCUCACUAGCGCCGCCGGACGGCCGCUGCGGUAAAACGUAUUAUCCAAGAUGGAGGCUUGCGCCUGUUCUUCGCCUUAACCACGGAGCGGUGACUUUGCUUGUCGCUAUAUAGGCGAUCCAGCAAAGGGCUGCCUUUCCCCCGUGCAUUACGCCAGCUUUCAGUCCUUUUGGGAUUUACAUUCAGCGCCUGAUUGCGAGCCAUGAGCUCCGGGGAGGGAGCGGAUGAGACGGCGAAGGACGCGGCCGAUAUAGCGGCGUUUUUCAAGUCCGACUGUUCCCUUCCAAAAUGUGAGCCCAGACUGGACAUUCCCAGCCAGGUUGCAGGGUUUCGCAAAAAUGAAGAUAUGAAAGCGGUGGAGGUUCUGCCAAUCCUGAAGGAGAAGGUGGCGUUUCUGUCAGGGGGCAGAGACAGGCGUGGGGGUCCCGUUCUAACGUUUCCAGCAAGAAGCAACCACGACAGAAUACGACAAGACGACCUGCGGAGCCUAAUAGCAUACCUCGCUGGAAUUCCCAGCGAGGAGGUUAGCAGACAUGGCUUUACCGUCAUCGUGGACAUGCGGGGGUCCAAGUGGGAUUCCAUCAAGCCGCUUCUGAAGAUCCUGCAGGAGUCCUUCCCCAGCUGCAUCCACGUCGCUCUCAUCAUCAAGCCCGACAACUUCUGGCAGAAGCAAAGGACUAAUUUUGGCAGCUCGAAGUUCGAAUUCGAGACUACCAUGGUGUCUUUAGAGGGUCUCACAAAGGUAGUGGACCCCUCUCAGCUCACACCAGAUUUCGAGGGCAGCCUGGAUUACAACCACGAGGAGUGGAUCGAGAUCCGGGUCGCGUACGAGGACUUCGUCAGCAAUGCGUCGCAUAUGCUGGCCCGUCUGGACGAGCUCCAGGAGGUACUGUCCAAGAAGGAGCUCCCACCGGACUUGGAUGGGGCACGGCGUGCCAUUGAGGAGCACUCGGGCCUGAAGAAGAAGGUGGUGAAGGCCCCCAUCGAGGAGCUCGACUCGGAGGGCCAGAAGCUCCUGCAGCUCAUUGAGAACAGCGAGUGCUACACCAACCAGAGUACAGGUGUCACCAACGGCGACCUGCAGGGCCUGAUCCCAAAGGUCUCCGGGCUGCUGGAUAAACUCCACUCCUCCAGGCAGCACCUGCACCAGAUGUGGCAUGUGCGCAAACUCAAGCUGGACCAGUGCUUCCAGCUCAGGCUCUUUGAGCAGGAUGCUGAGAAGAUGUUUGACUGGAUCAUGCAUAACAAAGGCCUGUUCCUGACCGGCUACACCGAGAUCGGGGCCAACAACCAACACGCCAUGGAGCUACAGACCCAGCAUAACCACUUUGCCAUGAACUGCAUGAACGUCUAUGUCAAUAUCAGCCGUAUCAUGUCAGUGGGCAACCGGCUGCUGGAGUCAGGUCACUACGCCUCGCAGCAGAUCAAGCAGCUCUCCGGGCAGCUCGAGCAGGAGUGGAAGGCCUUCGCCGCUGCCCUGGAUGAGCGCAGCAACCUGCUGGAGAUGUCCGCCGUCUUCCAUCAGAAGGCCGAUCAGUACAUGGGAAACGUGGAUUCCUGGUGCAAAGCCUGUGGAGAGGUGGACCUGCCCUCCGAGCUGCAGGAUCUAGAGGACGCCAUUCAUCACCACCAGGGCUUGUACGAGCACAUUAACAGUGCUUACUCAGAGGUCAGCCAAGACGGCAAGGUCCUAUUGGACAAGCUGCAGCGACCUUUGACCCCGGGCAGCGCCGACUCGCUCACGGCCUCGGCCAACUACUCCAAGGCCGUGCGGCACGUGCUGGACAUCAUCCACGAGGUGCUGCACCACCAGCGGCAGCUGGAGAACAUCUGGCAGCACCGCAAGGUCCGGCUACACCAGCGCCUGCAGUUGUGCGUCUUCCAGCAGGACGUACAGCAGGUGCUGGACUGGAUCGAGAACCAUGGGGAGGCCUUCCUCAGCAAGCACACGGGGGUGGGCAAGUCCCUGCACCGGGCCAGAGCGCUGCAGAAACGCCAUGAAGACUUUGAGGAGGUUGCCCAGAAUACAUAUACCAAUGCAGACAAGCUGCUGGAAGCCGCGGAGCAGCUGGCCCAGACAGGCGAAUGCGACCCGGAGGAGAUCUACCAGGCCGCCCACCAGCUGGAGGACCGCAUCCAGGACUUCGUGCGGCGUGUCGAGCAGCGCAAGGUGCUGCUGGACAUGUCAGUGUCCUUCCACACACACGUCAAGGAGCUGUGGACCUGGCUGGAGGAGCUGCAGAAGGAGCUGCUGGACGACGUUUAUGCCGAGUCGGUGGAAGCCGUGCAGGACCUCAUCAAGCGCUUCGGGCAGCAGCAACAGACCACCCUGCAGGUCACCGUCAACUUAAUCAAGGAGGGCGAGGACCUCAUCAAACAGCUGAGGGACUCGGCCAUCUCCAGCAACAAGGCGCCGCACAGCAGCUCCAUCAACCACAUCGAGGGCGUGCUGCAGCAAUUGGACGAGGCACAGGGCCAGAUGGAAGAGCUCUUCCAGGAGAGGAAAAUCAAACUCGAGCUCUUCCUGCGACUGCGUGUUUUCGAGAGGGACGCCAUCGAUAUCAUCUCAGACCUGGAAUCCUGGAACGACGAACUGUCACAGCAGAUGAACGACUUCGACACGGAAGACCUGACUCUGGCCGAGCAGCGGCUGCAGCACCACGCUGACAAGGCGCUCACCAUGAACAACCUGACCUUCGACGUCAUCCACCAGGGCCAGGAGCUGCUGCAGUGCGUGGGCGAGGUCCAGGCCUCCGGCGUGGACCUCCUGUGCGACCGCGACGUGGACAUGGCCACACGGGUGCAGGACCUGCUGGAGUUCCUCCAUGAGAAACAGCAGGAGCUGGACGUGGCGGCCGAGCAGCACCGACGCCAUCUGGAGCAGUGCGUGCAACUGCGCCACCUGCAGGCCGAAGUGAAGCAGGUCCUGGGUUGGAUCCGGAACGGGGAGUCCAUGCUGAACGCUGGCCUGAUCACGGCCAGCUCGUUGCAGGAGGCCGAGCAGCUGCAGCGGGAGCAUGAACAGUUCCAGCAUGCCAUUGAGAAAACGCACCAGAGUGCCCUGCAGGUGCAGCAGAAGGCCGAGGCACUGCUGCAGGCCAACCACUACGACAUGGACAUGAUCCGCGAGUGCGCAGAGAAGGUGGCGUCCCGCUGGCAGCAGCUCAUGCUGAAGAUGGAGGACCGCCUCAAACUCGUCAACUCGUCUGUGGCCUUCUACAAGACGUCUGAGCAGGUGUGCAGUGUGCUGGAGAGCCUGGAACAGGAGUACAAGCGUGAGGAGGACUGGUGUGGGGGAGCCGACAAGCUGGGGCCCAACUGCGAGACGGACCACGUCACACCCAUGAUCAGCAAGCACCUCGAGCAGAAGGAGGCUUUCCUCAAGGCAUGCACGCUGGCCAGACGCAACGCAGACGUCUUCCUCAAGUACCUGCACCGGAACAGUGUCAACAUGCCUGGGAUGCUGGCCCACGUAAAAGCUCCGGAGCAGCAAGUGAAAAACAUCCUGAAUGAGCUGCUGCAGCGGGAGAACCGUGUCCUUCAUUUCUGGACCAUGCGCAAGAGGAGGCUGGACCAGUGCCAGCAGUAUGUGGUGUUUGAACGCAGUGCCAAGCAGGCCCUGGAGUGGAUCCACGACACAGGCGAGUUCUACCUGUCCACCCACUCCUCCACAGGUUCCAGCAUCCACCACACGCAGGAGCUGCUCAAGGAGCACGAGGACUUCCAGAUCACCGCCAAGCAAACCAAAGAGCGGGUGAAGCUGUUGAUUCAGCUGGCAGAUGGCUUCUGUGAUAAGGGUCACGCCCACGCCAUGGAGAUCAAGAAAUGGGUCUCCGCCGUGGACAAGCGCUACCGGGACUUCUCCAUACGCAUGGACAAGUACCGCUCGUCCCUGGAGAAGGCGCUGGGCAUCUCCUCGGACUCCAAUAAAUCAAGCAAAGACCUGCAGCUGGACAUCAUCCCAGCCAGCGCCCCGGGGUCAGAGGUCAAGCUGCGGGACACGGCGCAUGAGCUCAAUGAGGAGAAGCGCAAGUCGGCCCGCAGGAAGGACUUCAUUAUGGCCGAGCUGAUUCAGACAGAAAAAGCCUAUGUGAGAGACCUCCGAGAAUGCAUGGAUACGUACCUGUGGGAGAUGACCAGUGGGGUGGAGGAGGUCCCUGCAGGAAUUGUUAAUAAGGAGCACAUCAUCUUCGGGAACAUGCAGGACCUCUACGAGUUCCACCACAAUAUAUUCCUGAAGGAACUGGAGAAGUACGAGCAGCUGCCUGAAGAUGUGGGCCAUUGCUUUGUGACCUGGGCGGAUAAGUUUCAGAUGUAUGUGAAUUACUGCAAGAACAAACCCGACUCCACUCAACUCAUCCUGGAACACGCUGGCUCCUAUUUUGAUGAGAUUCAGCAGAGACACAGGCUGGCCAACUCCAUCUCCUCAUACCUGAUCAAGCCAGUACAGCGGAUCACCAAGUACCAGCUCCUGCUGAAGGAGCUCUUGACGUGCUGUGAGGAAGGAAAAGGGGAGAUUAAGGAUGGCUUGGAGGUCAUGCUGAGCGUACCCAAGCGGGCCAAUGAUGCCAUGCACCUCAGCAUGCUGGAAGGGUUUGACGAGAACAUCGAGUCUCAGGGUGAGCUCAUUCUCCAGGAGUCCUUCCAAGUGUGGGACCCCAAGACCCUUAUCCGCAAAGGCCGCGAACGCCACCUCUUCCUCUUUGAGAUGUCGCUGGUCUUCAGCAAGGAGGUCAAGGACUCCAGCGGCAGGAGCAAGUAUCUUUACAAGAGCAAGCUCUUUACCUCCGAGCUUGGAGUAACAGAGCAUGUGGAAGGUGAUCCAUGCAAAUUUGCACUUUGGGUGGGGCGAACUCCUACCUCAGACAAUAAGAUUGUCCUGAAGGGUUCCAGCCUGGAGAAUAAACAGGACUGGAUCAAGCACAUUCGAGAGGUGAUUCAGGAGCGGACCAUCCACCUCAAGGGGGCGCUCAAGGAGCCCAUCCACAUCCCUAAAACAGCCACCACCAAGCACAGGACCAGGAGGGAAGGCGAGGACCUGGACAGUCAGGGUGAUGCUAGCAGUCAGCCAGACACCAUCUCCAUCGCCUCCCGCACCUCCCAGAAUACCCUGGACAGUGAUAAGCUGUCGGGCGGCUGUGAGCUCACUGUGGUCAUCCACGACUUCCUGGCCAGCAACGGCAACAGCAACGAGCUGACGGUACGGCGCGGCCAGACGGUUGAGGUGCUGGAGCGCCCCCACGAGCGGCCCGACUGGUGCCUGGUGCGAACCACUGACCGCUCGCCCGCCCAGGAGGGCCUGGUGCCCUGCAGCGCCCUCUGCAUCGCCCACUCCCGCAGCAGCAUCGAGAUGGAGGGCAUCUUCAACCACAGAGAUGCCCUCUCUGUCUCCACCAACGAUGUGAGCACACUCCCGGCGGCGCACGGUAUGGGCUCUCACAGCCUCCCCGGCACCAAGCGGCCUGGGAACACGCUGCGUAAGUGGCUGACCAGUCCGGUGCGGCGACUCAGCAGCGGCAAGGCCGACGGCCACGUGAAGAAGCUGGCGCACAAGCACAAGAAGAGCCGCGACAUGCGCAAGAACACCGAUGCCACGUCCCUGAAGGACUCCGACGACAGUGCAGCCACACCCCAGGAUGAGAGCAUGGAGGAGCGCGUGAGGAAUGAAGGGCUCAGCAGUGGGACACUGUCCAAGUCGUCCUCGUCUGGGAUGCAGAGCUGCGGGGAGGAUGAGGGAGAGGAGGGGGCUGAUUCGGUACCCCUGCCACCCCCCAUGGCCAUCCAGCAGCACAGCCUGCUGCAGGCGGACCCCCAGGACGACAAGUACCCACGCCAGCUUGUAAUUGGCAGCCAAUACCUGGUGAUGCUCGUCCCUAAUUGGACGUUUGGGAUGUCAGAUGACACUACAAUGACGUCCUCCCGCGUAUCCGUCCGUCCCUCCAGCUCGGAGACUCCGAGCGCCGCUGAGUUGGUCAGUGCCAUCGAGGAGCUGGUGAAAAGCAAGAUGGCCCUGGAGGACCGCCCCAGCUCCCUGUCCGUGGAGCGUGGUGACAGCAGCAGCCCGUCCUUCAAUCCCUCCGACAACUCGCUGCUGUCGUCGUCCUCGCCGGGGGACGAGGCGGAGGAGCGACGGACCAGCUUCCUCAAGAAGCGGCACUAUGUCCUGCUGGAGCUUGUUGAGACGGAGAGAGAUUACGUCCGGGACCUCGGCUUCGUUGUGGAGGGCUACAUAAGGAAAAUGAAGGAAGAGGGGGUGCCAGACGACAUGAGAGGGAAAGACAAAAUCGUGUUCGGCAACAUUCACCAGAUAUACGACUGGCACAAGGACUUCUUCCUUGGAGAGUUGGAAAAGUGCUUGGAGGAUCCAGACAGGCUGGGGAGCCUCUUCAUCAAACAUGAGCGGAGGCUGCACAUGUACAUAGUCUACUGCCAAAACAAACCCAAGUCAGAGCACAUUGUGUCGGAGUACAUCGACACCUACUUUGAGGACCUCAAGCAGCACCUUGGUCACCGUUUGCAGAUCACAGACCUGCUCAUUAAGCCGGUACAGAGAAUCAUGAAAUACCAGCUCUUACUGAAGGAUUUCUUUAAAUAUUCCAAAAAGGCUGGUGUUGACACAGCUGAGCUAGAGAAAGCGGUGGAGGUCAUGUGCAUCGUACCGAAAAGAUGCAACGAUAUGAUGAACGUGGGUCGGCUUCAAGGCUUUGACGGUAAAAUCGUGGCCCAGGGCCGGCUUCUGCUCCAAGAUACCUUCAUGGUGUGUGACCAGGAUACCGGCAUCCUGGCGCGCAUCAGGGAGAGGCGUGUUUUCCUCUUUGAGCAAAUUAUCAUCUUCAGCGAGCCCCUCGACAAGAAGAAAGGCUACUCCAUACCCGGCUAUCUUUUCAAGAACAGCAUAAAGGUCAGUUGCCUGGGUUUGGAGGACAGCGUGGAUGGAGACCCUUGUAAGUUUGCCCUCACAUCCAGGUCGUCCAACAGCAGCAUGGAGCACUACAUCCUCCUCUCUGCCAACCCUGGAGUGCGCCAGGUUUGGGUCCACCAGAUUGGCCAGAUCCUCGAAAACCAGCGCAACUUCCUUAAUGCCUUGACUUCUCCCAUUGAGUAUCAGAGGAAUCACGUUGGGGCAGUAGGAGCAGGCUGUCCCAGCAGCAGCUUCCCAACAGGGGGCACCAGUGGUUCAGGCAUAGCCCUGGGGGUCAACGUGGCCGCUGGCUGCCGCUCCAGGCCCUCACGGAUCCCACAGCCGUCCCGCAUCCCCCAGCCUGUCCGCCACCACUCACCAGGGGCCGACGGGCCAGACAAGAUGUCAGGUAUGUCCUCCCUCCACCCCACAGCUGUGCUACCAGGUCAUGAAACAGACAGCCAAGAAGCAGAGAGAAGUUUCCCAAAGACGAAGGCUCCGGUGUCCCUGCCCGACACAAAGUCAACCGAAAACAGCCUUGGGGUACCUCACGAAGAGCUACUAGGCCUCUUACCCCGAGCUGCGGUCGAGCCAUUUGAUCUCACUAAACCCGGUGUCGGAAGUGCAGCCCCCCUGCCCAGUUUGACACAGCCGUGUUCCAGCAAGGAGGCUUUUGCCCCAGGCAGCCCAGCCCAGAAGGGCACCUCAUUCUGGGGCACUUUGCCGGUCGCCCCUGUGGGUCGGCCAGUCUCCCUCAUCCUCCCCUCUCCGGCCAAAGAUGCUGACCGCCUGAGCACCUGCUCCUCCACCAGUGAGCAGUCAGUACAGUCAAGCCAGAGCAAUGGGAGUGAAAGUAGCAGUAGCAGCAGCAACAUCUCCACCAUGCUAGUGACGCAGGACUACCAGGCCGUGAAAGAGGAUGAGAUCAACGUCACCCAGGGAGAGGUUGUCCAAAUGCUAGCCUGCAACCAGCAGAAUAUGUUCCUUGUGUUUCGCGCCGCCAAUGAGCAAAGCCCUGCCGCCGAGGGCUGGAUCCCUGGCUACGUGCUGGGCCAUACCUCCAUCAUCAUCCCCGACCUCCCCGAGGGAACCAUCAACAGGAAGUCAUCAUCCUGGCACACGACACUCCGCCUCAGGAAGAGGAUGGAAAAGCGAGAGAAGGAGGGAAAGAGAGAGAAGCUGGAACCCAGCUUCAGGAGGUCCCGGGAUGGUUCAGCCAACAAAGUGUCUGUAAAGCUUCUAAAUCCCAACUACAUCUACGAUGUUCCCCCAGAGUUCCUCCUGCCUCUGAGCGACGUGACCUGCGAGAGUGGGGAGGCCAUCACUCUCCGCUGUAAGGUCUGCAGUAGACCCAGAGCGGCCGUCACCUGGAAGGGACCCGACCAAAAGACUCUGAGUAACAAAGGCCGCUUCAGCACCAUGUGCAGUGAUGCUGGGGAGGCUGAGCUUUGUAUCCAAGAUGUGUCUAUAGAAGACGACGGCAUGUACACCUGCGUCGCCGCCAACGAUCUGGGCACCGUGUCAACGUCAGCUAUCCUCAGAGUCUUAGGUACAUCCAGUGACGGAGUCAGAGUCACGUGGAAGGACAACUUUGAUUCCUUCUACACUGAGGUCUCAGAAUUGGGGAGGGGCAGGUUCUCUGUGGUGAAGAGGUUCGAGCAGCAGGGGACGCAGCUCUCUGUGGCGGCCAAGCUGGUCAACAAGAGGCUGGUAAGGCGUGACCAGGUGACCCGCGAGCUGCGUCUGCUGCAGCUGGUGCAGCACCCGCAGAUCCCUGGCCUGCUGGACACCUUCGAGACGCCCACCAGCUACGUGCUGCUCCUGGAGAUGGCCGAUCAAGGCCGUCUGCUGGAUUACAUUGUCAGCUGGGGAGAUCUCACAGAGGACAAGGUGGCUCUGUACCUGAGGGGCAUCUUAGAAGCUUUGCAGUACCUGCAUAACUGCAGAAUAGCUCACCUGGACCUGAAGCCUGAAAAUGUUUUGGUGGACCAGAUGUCCGGCCAGCCGGUGGUCAGACUCGUGGAUUUCGGCGAUGCGGUGCAGCUGAGCAGCAAUCCCUACAUUCACCCGCUGCUAGGCAGUCCCGAGUUCGCUGCCCCUGAGCUGAUCCUGGGUCAGCCGGCCAGCCUGGCCUCAGACAUCUGGAGCCUCGGGGUCGUCGGCUACGUCAUCCUGAGCGGGGCCUCCCCGUUCCUGGACGAAAGCCUGGAGGAGACCUGCCUCAAUAUCUGCCGGCUGGACUUCAGCUUCCCAGAGGACUAUUUCAGGAGCGUCAGCCGUGCAGCCAAGGACUUCACCUGCUCGCUCCUGCAGGGCAGCCCAUCCAAACGGCCCUCCGCGGCCCUCUGCCUGCAGGACCCCUGGCUGCAGCCCGGGAACUAUGGCAGCACAGAGCGCAUCGACACAUCCCGGCUUGUCUCCUUCAUCGACCGGCGCAAGCACCAGAACGACAUUCGGCCCAUCGGUGGCAUCAAGGCCUUCCUUCCCGGUCGAAUCCUCCCCCAGAGCUGAUGUGUGGCACAAGCGAUCUCAUCCUCUUUCAUCUGCCUGGCAGAUUUUAAAUAUCCUGGCGCGAUUCAGUCAGCCUGCUCCACGCUGACGUGAUUCCCCUUUCCAAUAUACAACAAACUGUCAGAUUACAAAAAACUUAAUACCUUUAUGCUGGAUACCUGCAAAAAAAAAAAACCUUAGUCAUGGUUUUUAAAAGGGCAAUUUGGAAUUAACUAGCAUGGUGGAGAAAUGCUGCUUCUUUGGAGAUGAAAACACAGACAAUAUCCUUUUAGGCUACUUAUGGAGAAGAAAAAGCAAACCUCUUUUCAACCAAACUCCUUUUGUAAAUAAAUACUGUAUAGGGAAGACCCUCGUGUGCAAACCAUUUGGAUCUGACUCUCAGCUUUUUAAUAGCCCGGCUUGUUUGAUUGAAUCACUGCAAUUAGGGGAAAAAAACAACUGCAGUUACAGGUUUCAACUUCUGCUAAUCCAGUGUUUGUACUUGAAGACAAAUGUAUUUUGCUUUUACUAGAACAAAAAUGUGUGGCUCAGAAUUAAGACGUAUCGACCUUAUUUUGUACAAAGAUUGUAUCUGAUCGGUUUCGUUUGAAAACUGUUCAUAGAAGCAGGAGUCAGGGACAGAUUUCUGUGGAUGUGGAGAGUAGAGCGACACUAUUUAAUGCUGAGCUUCUGGAAAACAAAGGUCAUAAUCGCAUACAGUUUAUGCCCUCGUUGUGUUUUCAUUAAUAUUAUGUGCAAUGUUGCAACAACUUUGUCGUUUUAUGCAACUCUUAAUGAAGACUUCUAUUGAACCUGUAAUAAAUGUAUAGAAAAUCAACAUAAUUGGUACUGCAGACUAAACCGUCGUUUGUGCUGCGUUUCAACUGUAACCUCGUUUGAUUCAGUAUUAUUUCCUAGAGAUCUCUAUGUUGAUUUCUUGGACGGUGAAUUUCAUUUGGUCUGUAUGGCACCUAGGGUUUGACUUUUCAUUUUGAUAGCUUUACCAAAGUUUUAGAGUUUCUUAAAUUGUAGUUUUUGUUUUGUUUUGGUUUUUUUUCUGUAUGACAUCAUGUUAACUUAAGUUAUGAAUGCCAUAAUGAACUUUGGGAAGUAUUGUUUACAUUUGUUUCACAUGCUUUAUUUAUUUUUGUAACAAAGUUGCAUAUAAUUUGCUUUUCAUUAACUUUUUAUGUCAUCUACUGCAAAAAAAAAAAAACGUCAUUGAAGUGUAAUUUUACCUAAUUUCAAGUAAAUUAUUAUAAUGUUAAGGUUGUCAUUCAUCUGAAUGUGAGUGUUUUGAGUGAGUUAAUAUUGGAGAAAAAUAAGGCCUUUUAAGUUAUUUAUACAAAUAAGCCCAAAUAUUAUUUGUGAAAUAAAAAACCCAGAAAUUCUAUUAUUAAAAAAUGGACUUUACCAGUCAGUACUAAUGAUAUUUAUGCUAGAUUCCAACUGCUAUAGUCCUUGAAGGAGCAAAAAAACUAAUUUUGACCCUUCAGUUGGUUAGAAAAUUGUGAAAUGCAGAUGGUUUAAGUGCCGGUUUAUGGGGAACAGCAGAGGGGAGACGAGGCAGAGGUGUAGCCUGAAGAAUGUUCUCCUUCCUUGCUGGAAAUGUAACCCAUUGGAUUUGUGUGUGUGUGUUUGUGUGUGUGUUUGAGUGUGUGUGUGUGUUUGAGUGUGUGUUUGUGUGUGUGUGUGUGUGUUUGAGUGUGUGUUUGUGUGUGUAUGUGGCCCCAUGUUAUGGAUUUUAUUUAUAUUUAUCAUUACAAGAUAAAACUGUACAGGCACUGAUAAACACCAGACAUGGCUGGAUGUGUUUUUUUCCUUUCAACCUCAUUGUUUCUUUUAUGUUCUAUGAUUUCUUUUUUAAUCUUUUGACUUGUUUUUUGCAUGUGUAUUCUAUGUAUACAGGUCAUGGGUUUACACUAAUUGUCUUGUAAAUAUUUUAUUUUGCCAUCAGUUAUUUUAAAAUUUAACAUAUGCAACAGA